AGGACGAGGAUUUUGCAAGAGGAAGGUUAUUCAGAGAGAGACAAAGAAUUUUAUCGACACAUUUCUUUAAGGUUGAAAAGCUUGUCUUCAUGCUGGAUCUUGAGCUUGCUAGUUCACUGAUAUAAGAUUAAGAAGUAAGUAAAUUACAAUCAUUGAACCUUCCAGAAAUCACGCCCUCCUUUUGUUCCUUUGAUACCGCAGUAAAAAUGGGACAAUCCGACGUCGCUCCCCGCGAUGAAAUAGAUACCUCCCGCCCAAAGCCGGAGAAGGAGAAAAAAGCAAAGAAGAGCAAAAAGGAAGACAAGAACCUCGACGUAGACGGCGAUGUGGACAUGGAAAAUCAAACAUCGAGUAACAACCAAAACACCACAAGUUCAAGUGCCGCCCCCGCUAAAAAAGCGAAGAAGAUCAAAAAAACGAAGAAGCACCACAAGGCCGAUAACUCCGACGCCCCGACGGAUUCCGACUCCGACCGAGCCAUCGAGCGGAACAUUGAUUCUGCCCUUUCCGCGCACCCGGGCAGCAAGCGGUCCGAGUGGAUCACGACCGCGGAGUGGAACAAGAAAUGCGACGUCUUUGUGGAAAACAACCCCGGCAAGGACUUUGUCGAGAGCCGCGACUACCUAAACCCGCGGCGGCGACGGAAUCUGACCAGUCCGUACUUGACCAAAUACGAGAAGACACGGGUGCUGGCGGCGCGGGUCAACCAGAUUACCUUGAACUCGAAAAUUUUGAUCGACCCGAAACUUUACCAGUUGAACGCGUCGUCGUUGGAAGGCUGCGAUCCGGAGCGCAUCGCGGAACUGGAAUUGGAGCAGGGCAAAAUUCCGUUCAUCAUAAGGAGAUAUUUGCCGGCGGUGAAACCCGGGUCGGGCGGACAGGAGCGGGAUUACGAGGACUGGCGGGUCUGCGAUUUACUGGAUCCGGAUAAUUGGUAGGCUGCUAUUCAAAUGAAGAUGAGCUGAAGCUGCUGCUGCACAUCUCCAAACUCAAACUAACGCUAUCAUGUGUUGGUCUUCAUCAAACGCUACUGCACUGUGAUGAUAUCGUCCUGGAAGUUAUUCUGCAAGAAGGAAAC